AUGGCGAGCAACGAGGAUUACAGCAGUCCCAGUGUGAGUGUGGCCAGUGCUGUAAUUGGGCGACCCCGGAGGAAAACUCAUGCUGCCAGGAGAAAAGUGAUUAUAGAGCAGAUUCUGUGUGAGUGUGGCCAGUGCUGUAAUUGGGCGACCCCGGAGGAAAACUCAUGCUGCCAGGAGAAAGUUCCCGUCGUAAACACCAUAGAGGAAUAUAACGAUGGCUACGGCCAAAUAAAAUGUAUAACUGAACACCCCGGGUUCAAUUCUCAGUGCCUUGAUAUUUGGGUCCUCCAACAGACCUACCUACAAAACUACAGAAAAAAGUACAAUGAAGAGGCUGAUCAGAUCAGCGACAAAUACAGAUAUACUGCAUACAGACAGCUGGUUAGAUGGUGUUGGCAGAUUGUUGGCAAGAACAAUCGAAUGCCACUUCCAUCAUGUGCUUACAAGGUCAUUCGUGAGACUUUUCCAUCUGACCAUGAACCAGUGGGAUUCAAGUAUCCGGAAUUGACCCAUAAAUGA